AGGGAGUGUGUUUAUAAAGGCAAGGCAGUCAGACACACCGCAUCAUCACAUCAUCGGAGCCGACUGGAUCUCACGUGAAGGAACACAGCUGCAAUUGAAAAUGGAUCUUCGAUUGGAUGCUUUGCACUACGGCAGCGGCAUGGAGAUGUUUCGUCAGCACAACUGGGAAUUUCACACUUUAACCCGGGACCAGCAGUCAGAGCAAAACAAAGGACAGCACGAUAGACUGGGAGGAGGGCAAGCGCCGGGCACACAGAGACGGAGGAAGCGCACCAUCUUCAGUCGGGGGCAGCUAUCCGACUUGGAGAAGGCUUUCACACUGACCCAGUACCCCGACAUUAACCUGAAGGAAGCGCUGGCGACCAUCACAGGGCUCCCCGAGUCUAAAAUUCAGGUCUGGUUCCAAAACCGACGCGCUCGGUACUUCAAAAGCAAGAAGCAGGCAGCAGGGACUGGAGGGAAGGAAAGAAAGGUAACGGCACCCGAAUACUCCGCUGCUGAGCCAGAGCCAGCGUGCGCCCCGCCUCCGCCCCCCAACCAGCACUCCCCAACCCUGCCCGAGCCCAUCUGGGUCACACAGGGCUCCUACUGGGGGUCGGUGAGCCCAGGCCAGUCCGUCCCGGCAUCUCCUGCCCAGGACGACCUGGCUGCUGGAUCGGUACCCACACAGUUCAGCUCGAACGCACAGCCGGGCUUUUACGACCAGUUCUGGGUUGAAAACAGCUUCUUCUUCCAGCCUGAGCCUAAAUUGGAAAACCCAGAUCCGGCUUACUGGGACAGUGCCUUCAGCCAGUAUGUUGCAAGCCAGAACUAUUUAGGGGAGGUAGCAGGGUGCAGUUCCACCAUUGCAGCGCCGCAGAGGGGUCAAACUGUGGGCUACGCCAGGGCAGAUCAGACUGUGCCCAUGCAGCAGCAGAUGCAGCAGGAGAAGAACUUCAUCCCGCCCACCAACUACCUCUCGGAAGUGCACUACAAUGAUCUCACUCUGAGUGACUUUGGCUUAUUUUAAA